AUAUAAAAAUUCAUUGGAGUAAUUUAAAAUAAUGCGGAAGCCUUUUUAAAGUCAAACAACUUGGGAUCUUGCCCGAAAACGUAAUAAGCAUUAAAGUUAAUUAAAUAAAGCAUAAUCAACAGAUUAAAGAGACAGCCACGCCAUCGUACAUCUCCUCCUCAAUGCCCUUUGGGAUCGGCUCUAGGUUCAUCUGUCUGAUCACCUACGGACAGCAAAAGAAAACAACGCUAUCCGCUCAGCAUUGACGCUGACUGGUACUCCAUUGUAGCACAAGAAUAAACAUAAUAAUUCAACAAUUAAGAUCGUGCAUAUGUUUAUCCUUUUAAUAAAAAUCAAUUCAACUUUACAUUCGGUUCUUUAGACGGUUGACCAACAGUCAACUUAUUUUCUUUCUUUUCAAAACGAUUUAGGGGAUACAAUACACAUAGUCAAAGUUUCUCUGAUCGAGGUUCGUCGCCUAGCGGACGUCAUCCCUGUUAUGCGUUGUCCCUUUCAUCCCGUCGCUGUCGCGCAGUCAACGCGGCCGGUCGCUAUCAUGGUCCCCAGCCGAGCCUGCUACCCAAGCCGAGCCCAUAGAGCGAGCCGAGUUCAUGGGCCGAGCAGGGAAGAUCCUCCACGUGGCUGAUGGGUACCGGAUGGCGUGUCUUUUGGGGCUGUCCUCUAUCAUAAGCCCCCCACUCUCCGGGUUUCGUUGCAGUCAGCGAUGGGACACAGGAGAGUAUGGGCACUGUAGGAGAGCGGCGCGGGGUCCACGUGGAGUAGUUGGCAGGUCACUGGUGCCGUUUGGGCUUCGCCAUCAUGAAGGGAGGCGCACUGCCCUGGAGGACUCGGGGAUCCGAGCGCGGAAGUGCACCCUCACGGCUGAGGAAUUCCGCAAGUCGAAGCGCCUGGCUUCGGUGCCGGGUGUGACCGUGCGUCGUCCCACCCCCGAGCAGUCAGUCUUUGAUGCUUUUUCGGGUUUCUUCGCUGUCCACCUCAAAUCCCUCGAGUACGGGUUUCGUUUCCCCCUCCAUCAGUUGGUCCUAGAGUUUUUCCAACAUUUUGAUCUUCUCCCUUGCCAAGUCGUGCCCAAAUCCCAUCGUUACUUGGUCGGGUUCCUCGUCCGUUGCCAAGGGACCGGGGUUCGCCCCGAUCUGGCUCGUUUCCUGUUGCUCUUCCGGUUGGUGAAGUCAUCUGGUCGGGCCAACUCCGACUCGGGUUCGUACGACUCUAUCUUCCAGAGGCAGGAGAGGCUUUUCAAAACGAGGAAGGACUUCGCCAAGAGUUGGAAGGGGAAGUUCAUCUUUGUUUCUCUCUCCUCGGGCUCCCCUUUUCGUAAAGAGCCCCUCAGUUCCUUUCGACGCCGCUCCGCGUGUGUCACCUCGGAUAAGAUGCUCGAAGACGUAGAGACGCUCUGCCAAGGGGGGCCCUUCGAAGUCGGCUCGGUGGUGACGAAUGAGGCACUAGCGGCACUCUGCUUCGUCUUCCUAUCCCCGAAGGAUACCCAGAGGAACAUCGAAGAAGGCCCCUCAGGUGAAAUCAUGCUUUCCAGCGCUGAGCGGAUGAAGCUCAUGUUCCCGGACGCUCCGAGCGGCAACUCCCAGGCUCCUCCCACGGGCGGCUGUCCCCCGGCUCCCCCCGUGAAGCCGACACCCAAAACGACACAGAAGAAAAAAAGGAAGGAAACGGCCUCGGCCGCCGACGCUUUGCAGGGGUCGGAGUCCCCCAUGAUGAAGGACUUCGGCCAUCCCAAAUAUGUCAAGGCGGCCUUCCCCGCUCGGGUCUCCUUCCUAGACCGGGAUUACGACCUAGAGACCUUCCUGCGCAGCUUUACUCCUCCAACCAAUCGUGCCAAGCUAAAAGAUAUUGACCAGGAGACUCUGGCCUCAGAUACCUUCCAUGAGCUGGGCUCGGCGAUGAUGCGCAUGGUCGACAUGAGUCAGCGGAUGCGCGCCAGUGAGGACGACCGGAGUAGCACUUAUGUUGAGAUAGCCGACCUCAAUGAGGCCUUGAAGGCGGCCAAAGAACAAGCUUGCCAGGCCGAGGAGCGGGCUCAGCAACUCGCGGAGGAGGCUGGUCGCAAGGCGCGCCAGGAGGCUCGCGAUCAAGCCGUUGCCGAGUUCCUAGCAUCGCUUGCAUUUCAGAAGGAAACCUUCACUCGCAUGAAUGAUUUGCUCAAGGCAUUGGGGCAGACUCCUGAGGGCAAGGCAUUCGCCCGCUCCGAAGGAACGUCGUGGUACAACCUCGGUCUGUUUCGAGCGCAGCAAGUCCUCUCGGAUAGGUUCCUCGCCGGGGAGGACUUCCCCGAGCCAUGCGAUAAUCCUGAUGAGCUCUACACUUCCAUCUACUACCCGAAUGGCGGGAACUCAGCCGGCGAGCAGCCGAGUGCCGAGUGAAAUGACUUGAAACUUUAUUGUAUUUGAUGUACUGAUGCUCAAGACUUUGUUCUUUUUUUUUGUUGAAUUCGGAUAUGUUAUGACUCGAUGAUUCGUACGGAUGUGCUAUGCCUCUCUUUUGUGUUUAAUCUUACUGCCCUCGUCGUUUCUUUGAACUUGCGAGCUCGCUCCUUCCCCCACCCAACCUGAGCUCGGCUGUGCCGAACAGAGGAUACCUCGGGG